CUCAAUUGUAAUUUACAUGGGAUUGAUUGCUAUACAUACCAGCACCUGUAGUCCUUGGGACGGCUGAGUCAGGGCGUUGCAUUGGCCGGCGCCACAGGGUUGUAUUUUCAGGAAGUCGCAGCCUGGAUUGGACCGCGUCACAUGCGCGCCCUCCCCACGCUUGCGAGUCGAGUCGAGCUAUCCGCCCCCACCCGCCCGCGUAGUCAUGCUGGGAGCAGUCAAACCGGCGGAGAGUAGAAGGUGGGCGGGUGGGAUGCGCCACCACAGGUAAGAGUUAGAUCCGGGGUGGGUUUCCAAGACAUCUCUUUCCCUCUCGGACGUGCUUGGCCUUUCCUUCUUUCCACUUCACCAGCACGAGGUGAGAGUCUUUAAAGGCGCUCGUCGGCCCCUCCCCACCGGCCGCCUUCCUCCGCUCCACACGCGAGCGCUCCCCUCCACGAUGGACACCACCCCGCCCAAGUACGCCGACGGGCUGUCACCACCGCACUACGCGCAGAACAUCGCAGCGCGAGCAGCCGCCCAAGCCGAGCCGCCGGCCAAAGCACACCAGCUCAACAUCCUCCCCUACAUCGGCGCCUACCGCGACGUCCAGCUCUUCCGCCCGGGCAAGCCGCUGCCCGCCUACUUCUGCACCAUCGCGCACCUCGGCGGGCACAGCCUGACGCUGCAGAAGAACUCGCAGAGCGGGCCCGUAGUGGGCUACGCACACUACCGCACCUCCGGCUCGAUUAAUUGCGGCAUCGGGCCCGACGAGCGCUCGCUGCAGUGGAUCCCCAUGCGCGCGCAGGGCGAGUGCUUCCGCUUCGAGUGGCAGGAGCGCAAGUACAGUCUACGGAAAGCGCAGGGGGAGGACCUCGGGCUCGGGGCCGUCAAUCUGCACGGGGAGCAUUUGAAGGUGGUGGACGAGGAGACGCAGGGCAUUGUUGCGCUGCUGAUUAGCGAAGGGCAGAGUGGGGCGGCGAAUGCGACGCUCAAGAUGGCCGGCGGGGUGAAGGGGGAGGCGGAGGUGUUGAUUGUGCUGGCGAUGCUGUCGUGGAGGGAUCGCAUCCGGAGGGCGGGAUCGUUGCGGCCGGGGGAGAAGUAGGCGGCGGCGGUGCAGAGGGCGAAGAUGGUGGGGAUUAGAUCGUGUUUCCAUGACGGUUUAUCGAGGCUUUGCGGUACAUCUAUCAAUCGACGGCGUGCACUUCUCGAGUUCGCCCGUGACACACUCCAUCCAGCUUCGCAAGAUCUGCCC